ACAAUUCACGGAAAUUUUCGUGGAAAUUUGUCGGUGUGCCGCACUGAAUGGAUUGAUUGCAGCUGGAAUGAUGUGUAUUAUUCGAAGCAAAAAUAUUCAUUGCAGGCUGGUGAAAUAUGCUAUCGUGGUGCACACGUCUUUAAAGGUUACUUCAAGAAUGAUGAAGGCACGAGAGAAGUGUUGGAUGCAGAUGGUUGGCUGCAUUCGGGUGAUAUCGGUCGAUGGACCGAAAGGGGAACACUCAAAAUUGUCGAUCGAAAGAAGCAUAUUUUCAAACUGCAGCAGGGUGAAUAUAUUGCACCCGAGAAGAUAGAAGCGGUCUACGACAGAUCAGAGUACGUGGUGCAGUCGUUUGUGUAUGGCGAAAGUUUAAAAACGUGUCUGGUUGCGAUUAUCGUGCCGGAUCAAGAGGUUCCGUUUAUUUGCAAUCAUCUCAUUACGGCUUUCGUGCUUCCAAGAGCUACUAUUGUUCUAAGAGAUGCCAAACAAAAGCUUGACCUAGCUGAAACAGAUUUCAAGAAAUUAUGUCGUAACGAUGUCGUGAAAAAGAUGAUUUUGAACGAUUUGAUCAUUGUUGGACGUAAAGCUGGUCUGAAUUCCUUUGAACAGGUAAAAGAUAUUUAUUUAUCAGUCGAACGAUUCACGAUUGCCAACGAUUUAUUGACGCCAACAAUGAAGAAUAAACGACCACAAAUAAAGUCGCAUUUUAUGAAAGAGCUCAACGAAAUGUACUCCAAACUCAAAUGA